CGGGCGGCGCUUCCUGUCGCUGCCUCCGCCGCUGGGGGCGCGCGGGAAGGCAGGGCGGUGCCGAGCCAGAGGAGGCCCGGGUUUGGUUCGGAUCCGCCGCGAGGUACCUAGGCUUCCAGGAUGCCAGGGCCAAGACCUCGGAAAGGCCCUCGGGCCACUGGUCAAGGUGUGGCAGCUGCCAAGCAGCUUGGGCUCUUUGUGGAGUUCAGCCCUGAGGACAUGAUGCUUGGGAUGGAUGAGACAGAAGAUGACAGAGAGCUGGAGGCCGAGCUGCUGGCCCUUACUGGGGAAGCAGGGACCACAAGCAGGAAGUCAGCACUCAAGGGGCAGGCCCCUCUCCCCAUGGCACACAUUGAGAAGUUGGCAGCAGACUGUAUGCAGGAUGUAGAGGAAGAGGAAGAGGAGGAAGGUCUGGAGGAGGAUGCAGAACUGCUGAAUGAGCUGCAGGAGGUUCUAGGUACGGAUGAGGAGGCUGGUCCCCUGGACAGUGAUGAGGCAGCUAGUCCAGACUUCUGUGAAGAGGAGAAGGGACAGGAAGACACUGAACCUUCAGCGCCAGCAGCCCUACUAACAGCAGAUCAGGCUGGAGGGCCUCGGGGCCUGCAGGCUCUGCUGGAGGAACGGAUCCACAAUUACCGGGAAGCUUCUGCCAGUGCCAAGGAGGCAGGUGACAUGGCCAAAGCCAGGCGCUGUGAGCGAGGCCUGAAGACUCUGGAGCUGCAGCUAGCUGCUGUGAGGAAGGGCAGGGAAAUCAAAGAGGAGGAGAUCCCACCUCCAGUGGCUCUAGGCAAGAGGCCCCCAGCCUCCCAGGAAACCACCAGCAGGAGCCCUGAGGGGGACAUCCCAGCUUCUCCUGCCUUGGUGCCAGACAAAACCUCCCACCCUGAGUCCAGCUUUUCAGGCAGCCCUGGCAUUGCUCCCCCUGGAGAUGCAGACCCAGACCCUAAGGCCCUGCUGCUUGCACGACAGAGAGAGUACAAAGUGGCUGCCCUCAAUGCCAAGCGGGCUGGAGAGCUGGAUCGUGCCCGAGAGCUCAUGAGGAUUGGGAAGAGAUUUGGUGCUGUUCUGGAAGCCCUGGAGAAGGGGCAGCCUGUGGACUUGAGUGCCAUGCCCCCGGCACCUGAAGACCUGAAGACCUUGUCACAAGCUGCUAAGCCUCCCGAAGCACCAGCAGUCCUACCCCCUGCAGUGGAGCAUGUGCAGCCAGUGACGGCCUCGAAUGUCCCACCAGCCCCAGUAAUCCUUGCAGAGCCACAGAUGGUGCUGGAUGCCCUGCAGCAAAGGCUGAACAAGUACCGUGAGGCGGGCACCCAGGCCCGGGCCAGUGGGGAUGAGCGCAAGGCCCGAAUGCACGAGCGUAUCGCCAAGCAAUACCAAGGUGCUAUCCGCGCACACCAAGCGGGCCGGAAAGUGGACUUUGCUGAGUUGCCUGUUCCUCCAGGAUUUCCCCCCAUCCCUGGCCUGGAGCCUAUUGUGGGCCAGGAGGAGGAUGAUCCAGUGGCAGCAACUUUGGCAGCUGCCCAAAAACUGGCCACUCCCGAGGACAUAGCCCUGGCAGAUGAAGAUGAGGAUGAGAAUGAGCCCUCAGCACAGGCCCCAGUGGCCAAGAAGCCGGCCCAGCCUCUGCUUCCUUCAUCCAGGCCCCAGCCCGAACCCAAGGCCUCACGUUCUAGGGAGUCAUUGAGUCCAACUGUGUGGGAGCAGCUGGCAUUGCUGGAGGCACGGAAACUGCAGUAUCAGCGAGCAGCCCUGCAGGCCAAACGUAGACAAGACCUGGAGCAAGCCAAAGCUCACCUGCGGGUAGCCAAGGGUCUUGAGGCUCAGAUCAUCCAGGCCCGAGCUGGCCGACCUGUUGAUCUCUCAAAGGUACCUUCACCCUUGACGGAUGAAGAGGGUGACUUCAUCCUCAUCCACCAUGAGGACCUGCGGCUCUCCCAAAAGGCAGAGGAGGUAUAUGCCCAGCUCCAGAAAAUGCUUCAGGAGCAAUAUGAGAAGUGCCUGCUGUUCUCCAAGCAGUUCAUGCACCAGGGCAACGUGGCUGAGACUACCCGGUUUGAGAAGCUUGCUCAUGACCGCAAGAAACAGCUGGAGAUCUUGCAGCUGGCCCAGGCCCAGGGCCUCGACCCUCCCAGCCACCACUUUGAGCUGAAGACAUUUCAGACUGUGAGGAUCUUCUCAGAACUCAACAGCACAGAAAUGCAUCUGAUCGUUGUCCGGGGAAUGAACCUGCCAGCCCCUCCAGGCGUGACCCCCGAUGACUUGGACGCUUUUGUGCGGUUUGAGUUUCACUACCCUAACUCGGACCAGGCUCAAAAAGGCAAAACCGCUGUGGUAAAGAACACAAAUUCCCCAGAAUUUGAUCAAGUCUUCAAACUAAACAUCAACCGAAACCACCGGGGCUUCAGGAGGGUGAUCCAGAGCAAAGGAAUCAAAUUUGAAGUCUUCCACAAAGGAUCCUUCUUCAGAAGCGACAAGCUGGUUGGCACAGCACUCCUGAAGUUGGAACGGCUGGAGAAUGAGUGUGAGAUCAGAGAGAUUGUGGAGGUCCUGGAUGGAAGGAAGCCCACUGGGGGGAAGCUGGAGGUGAAGGUGAGGCUACGGGAGCCACUGAGUGGGCAAGACAUGCAGACAGUGACAGAAAACUGGCUGGUCCUGGAGCCCAGAGGCCUGUGAGGUCAUGGCACUGGGAAAGAACUACCGGGCAGCCGUGUGUAGGAACUUACUUUCCUACUUUGUUGACUGCGGAAACCUUUGUGCAUAAGAGAUGCUGCUACACAAGCACCAAAGACCUUGUUAAGUACAUGUCCUACUGACCACAGAGGCGUGCAGAUUCCAGGAGCUCCCCCAGCUCCCACUUCCCUAGAUGAGGGCAGUGGCAAGGACACUCUCAUGCUGUGUGCCUCGGAGCCCCACAGCCCCCUAACCUCUACACAGCAACUGUGUACUGCUUACCUAGUCCUGGUUGCACCAUUUCUGGAUGUGCCUUUAAAACAUGUAACUGUAAGGGAUGGGAGAACUUGAGGAUGAUCAGGAAUCUCCUGCUCAGCGAGGGCAGGGGUGUGACUCAGCUGGCCAAGGUGGCAGCCUGUCUCCCUCGACUCGGUUCACCCCAGCUCUGCCUGUGCCUUUGUCCUGACAGCUGCUGCACUCGCCUUCCUGCUUCCUAGCGGACUCCGGAAGAGGAGUUACUUUUGGUACUACUUGGUGGGAAAUAAGAGGAAGGUUGUGUCUUGGGUUUGGUCCACAUAGCUAAGAUGAAAGACCGUUAACUGGGGAGGAAAUAUAUAUAUUAUAUAUAAAUAUAUGUGUAAAAUUUUGUGUA